AGUCCCCGUUACAUUGACACAUGAACACAGGCCAGCUGCUUCCUCCUGUCCCUGCCGCUGCCAAAGGGUAUUUUUCUGUAGGGUCAGCCAUGUUCAAAGGGAGCCCUGCUACCUCCCUGCCCCUCCUCCUCCUGUUCACCAGUGUCUCUCCACAAUGCCAGACAGGCUCAGAGAGUGAAUGCCAGGAGCACACAGACUUUGUGCCAGGGCACAGCCUGGCUGGCGAAGGUAUUGACAUCACCACGCUGGAGAAGAAGGGAGCCAAGGUGCUGGAUAUGAACCAGUGGCAGAAGCUAGAUGGGAGCUGCAUCUUAUGCCGGAAUCCCCUGUUGGAGGGGAAGCCACUCCAGAAGCUCCCAUUGACUGUCACUGACUGGGAGGCCAAAGUUGCAUGCCACCGGAAGGUACACACCUCGCUACAGGAGUCCGGCCUCUCUGUGGUCCAGGAGGAAGGAUCUGACGUGAAGAAUAACUGGAAGGCUGGGCUGGAUGUGGAUGUGAAGCCCAAGAUCAACACACACGUGGCUCUGGUGGGAUCACACUCCAAGAUGGCUGACUUCAGCGUGCAGAAAAGCUCACAGGACAAGUACAGUUUUGCUAGCCAUGAGGUAUCCUGCUCAUACUACAGCUUCCGUACUGGACACCAUUGGGUGCUCACCCACCAUUUCAAACAUGCUGUGAAAAAUCUCCCAAAAAAGUACCAGCCUGCAUCCCGGCUGGAAUACCGCCAGCUCAUUGAAACCUAUGGGACUCACUUUAUAAGGCAGAUUCACUUGGGGGGCCGUGUGAGGGAUGUGACGGCUGUGCGGGUGUGCGAGGUGGCGCUGGAUGGGGUGACCGCCGACGAGGUCAAAGACUGCCUGAGCAUUGAGGCAUCCGUCAGCAUUGGUGACAAAGGAAAGAUGGAUGCGGCUUAUGAGGCGUGUGAAGAGCUGAAAAAGAAGAAGAAUUUCAAGGGCAGCUUCCACCAGACAUACAGUGAGCGGCAGACAGAGAUUGUGGGUGGGAACAGUCAGACGGACCUGCUCUUUUCUGAUGAUCAGAAUGCAGAGGCCUUCAAGGACUGGCUGGAAGGCCUCAAAUCCAUGCCCGGCCUGGUCUCCUACUCUCUAGAGCCCAUCCAUACAUUGGUGCCAAAGGAAGAUCCAAAGAGGGAGAGUUUACGGCAGGCACUGAGCGAGUAUGUCACAGAAAGAGCUCUGUGGAGGAACUGCACCCAGCCCUGCCCACAGGGGACCCAACGCAGUGCUCGGGAUGCCUGUUCAUGUGUGUGUUCCAGUGAUAGCACCACAAACUCCAUGUGCUGUUCACGGGAACGAGGCCUAGGCAAGCUGACAGUGACGAUUCAACGUGCCCAUGAUCUGUGGGGGGACUACUUCACAAGAACAGAUGCCUACAUCAAGGUGUUCUACAUGGGGAGGGAGAUGCGUACAUCUACUAUAUGGAACAACAACAACCCGGAAUGGAAGGUCCACUUGGAUGUGGGGAAUGUCCAGGUCUUGGGGGAGACCAGCAAGGUCCGGGUACAAGUCUGGGAUGAAGACAACAAAUGGGAUGAUGACCUUCUGGGUUCAUGUGACCGGACCCUGCAAUCUGGGAAACCACACAAUGAAAUCUGUUAUUUUGCUCAUGGGCAGCUGCAAUUCCAAUACCACUUGGUGUGUGGCCCCUAUCUAGGUGGUCCCUACUGCUUGGAUUAUAUCCCUCACCAGCCAAAAUAUGUAGGUGACUUGUUGCAACGCAAAACAGACACCAUGAAGCAAAAGGCUCCCUGAUAGGUUGGACCACUGGUUUUUUCUUCUUCUCCCCAAGCUUGGAUACUCUCGGCUCCUUCUGCACUUGCUGCUUGUCUCUAAGACACAAUCCUACUUCCUUCUUGCUAGUUACUGUUUAAAUCACCAAAGACAACAAAUCUCCAAUCAGGGAUGCAUCUGACAAACGUUAGUCUUUACAGUGUCACAAAACCCUUGCCUUUUCACUCAGAACUUAAAAACACAACACAUCAACCUCUACCCCAAGGAACCUAUGUAAGUCAUGCAAAUAGAGUGAAUAUUGAUUGUUUUGUAUAAUUCUGCUUCAGCAAAGAGAUUUUAUGCAGGGCGCUGAAAUAACAUCUCUUGAUCUUUUGGCAACCAGGCAGUCUCCUUGUGCUAUGACGUUUCACCAGGUCAGGCUUCAUAUGCUUUCAAGACAUCUUCAGAAUCAUGAGGUCUGGAACCUUUCACCCUCCAUAAAUGAUGAAUUCAGGACACAAGAUGGGUUUCUGCACCUGCAUGGUGCCUUGGUGAAACUGCAGAACACCCAGAGCCUUGUGAACCAUUCAACCAAGCCAUUCUCUCUUUCCAGCUCUUAGUUUAAGCCAGGAUUAGCCAUGGAACCUGCUGGGACUAAUGGCCAAGUUAUAUGUUGCUCUGCAACAGCAUGAUGUAAAGCUCUGAGGGCCCUUUUUCCUGCCCCUCUCCCGCCACAAAGUGCCCUCAGAAAGGGGUCAUUUGCAUCAGAGGAAUGGAUGGAAGUGCUAUAAAAAUAUGGACAAUUGUUAAAAUGCCAAAACCAACUACUUAUAUGAGGAAUGGUUGUGAAGGCAAGUGGAUACUGUUCAUUAUUUCUAGAAAAAUUAAUUAUAAUACCAGGCCUAAAUCCUUGUUGUGAUU